AUGUACGAGGCAGACCUAGGUCGGGUCAUGUCUGGAGCGGAGAAGGCUUCCACGGUGGCGGAGGAUGCCGACGCCGCAGCGACCGCGACGUACGAGAGGAAGCUACAAAAGUUCCAAGAAAAGUAUGGCAAACUCUACACGCGGCUUCUGCUGGCUACGUCGGACUGCCCGGAAGGAUACUCGAGCCCGGCUUCGCAGGUAGUGCAGUCGUUUGGGCCUGUCGGGGACGAGGAGUUCGGUGACGGUCGAAGUGCUUUUGUAGCGCUCGAGCAAAAGUACCGUGUCGAUGGGACUUUCAGAAUGCAGCAGCUACACGAUGAGUUGGCCGCCGUCGCGGUCACCGCUGCUGACAAAUACGAUCCGGCUCGCGCAAUCCAACAAUUGCGCCGCAUCUUUCACGAACUCGGCAAACUCGGAGACACAGUCAUGAAACAACGGCAAGCACAUGCCAUCCUUAAGGCCCUGCCCGACAAGCAAUACGGCUCGUUCAAGACUGUACUGUUGGUAGAGUCGCCCACUGUUGGUAGCGGUGCGCUAGGCUUCGACGAUAUCGCACGUCGUGCCACACUCUACCACGCAAUGCAAAUUCGCGGAAAAGUGCUCGACCAAGACGAUGGGUCGGGCAGCCACGGCCGUGCGUUGAACACUGUCACGCACGGAGGGGCACGUGGCUUCCGCAAGCACGGCGGCCGUGGUGGUCGUGGUGGUCGCCGAGGAAAUGGCGGCAGAACUACAAACGGUUCGACGAACGGCUCGUCGAAUGGGAACUACAGCAGCGGCGGCGGAUCGGCCGGCAACGCUGGAGGCGGCAGCGCGGGAAAUGCGCAAGGUGCUCGCGGGAAUUAUCGCGGCAACAACGCCUCCGGUGGCCGAGGUAAGGGCCAGGACACCGGUCGGAACCGAAAAGGGCGCUGCCGCUACUGUCAUAAUUCGACAGAGCACGGGUGGCACAACUGCCCGCUCCGCCUGAGGCACGAGGCGGAGGAAGCCACUGAACAGGCUGAUACUCACCACACUCAAGACUCCACCACUCAGGCAUGGUUCACGCGGGUGGAGACUGAAGGCGAUGUGCUGGAGGACUACGCCAUCUCUUUCGGAAAAGACGUGCAGGUGCAGGAUGCGCCUGCUGCGGCGCAGCCAGAGGAGCGCGCUGCUGGUGACACGCUGGUGCAAGACGCGCCGGUGCCGACGCUGCAGGAUGCACGCGUUGUGUAUGACCCGCAGGUACUGGACACACCUGCUGCAGCGGUGGUCUAUGACCCUGCUGCCAACGGAUAUUCUCAGACGGAGGAGGCGCCUGAGGACACCGAGCUCGUUGCGUUCAGCAGCGUGUUUCAGGUGGACAAAGAGAAACCGCAGGUCGUUGAUGAUUCCGCCUGCUACAUUGAUUCCGCCGCGUCCAGCCACAUGGUGGAUGAGCAGUCUCGCUUGUCCCAUCACGUCCUCAAUCCGGUAGAUUGCGCUGUGCGCAUUAUCGGGUCGUGUGGCACAUCCGACGCAACCAAGAAAGGUACCCUGAAGUUUGGGGUGCGCAAUGAUCAAGACCAAGUCGUGCGAGUAGCUCUGGAGGUUCUGCUGGUUCGGGGCCUUGGAGCGAACAUACUUUCGGUUGGAGCGCUGGCCGAGAAGGGGGUGAUGUGUGAUCUGAUGUCUACCCCGCCGGCGCUUCGCAUGGGCAACCAGGUCUUUCCGAUCUCGACCGCAGUGCCUCGCAUGUACGUGCUGAAUGUCAUCAUCGACGACGUCAACCUGGGCGCUGUAGAAGUAAAUCGCACGAAGGUAGACGCUCACCUGUGGCACCGGAGGAUGGGCCACUGCAACUCGCGAGCGCUGCAGCAGCUGGCGGACAAGGACACUACCGGAAUCAGGUUCAAUCGCAACAUCGAACCAGGUGACUGCGGUGUUUGUGCGGUUGGUGACAGUAAGAAGGGCAGCCACCCCCCGUCUAACCGUCCCCUCUCGGAGACUCGGCUGGAAAUUCUAAAUGCCGAUACGUGGGGGAAACAUCCUAUUGCUACAUACGGGGGUUGCCAGAGUGCCGUGAUGUUUACUGAUGACGCUACUCGCAUGAGGUUCGGCUACCUACUCAAGACGAAAGACGAAACGGCCGAAGCUCUUCAAACUCUGGUUCGGGACGAGGCCGACCCGCUUGGUCAGAGCAUCGGCACGGUGCACUGCGACGGGGGAGCGGAGUAUUUGGGCAAGUUUCUGGCGCUAUGUAAGUCGCUCGGAAUCAAGCUCACGAAUAGCCCCCCCUAUGUCCCGCAAGGGAACCCCAUCGCCGAGCGUGGAUUUGGUACCAUCAUCGGCACUGCCCGCAAGCUUCUCUUGGGAGCACCGCACCUUCCUCAACAGCUGUGGGGGGAGGCUUUCAUGACUGCAAUCUACCUCAAGAAUCGGACCCCGACCGAAGUCCUGGGCGGCAAGGCACCACUCGAGGUAUGGGAGGGGAAGCCGCUCGGAAAGAUGCUUCACAUCCACGAGUGGGGGUCGCUGGCUUUUAAGCACGAAGAGGUACGCGCCCGGUCGAACAAGUUGGCGGCCAGGGCCAAGAAAAUGUACCUAGUAGGCUACAACUCCAAGGGUAGGUCGUAUCGACUUUGGGACCCUUCGGAGCCUCUCAAAAUCACCAACUCCGUGGAGGUAUCGUUCCGUGAGAAGGAGAUGCGCGACGUGAUCAAGCCCAAACUAGGGCAAGAUCCUCUCCCCGCGCCUAACUCAACAUUCUAUCGGCCUGGUCUGGUAGACUCUAUCGAAGAAGAAGAAGAAAAUAACGAAGAAUCAUCCGACGAAUCGGAGCCGGAAGCACCGGCACCUCGCCGCAGCAGCAGGAACUCCGUGGCGCCGCAACGGUUGAAUCUGUUUACGAAAGAACAGGCGUACGAGAGGACCGAACAUGCUAUGGUGACUGGAAGUGACUUCGGCAACCUCGGGAGAGGCAGUCCCGGGGAGGUGGGCUACAUGCUUGCCGAUCCUGCCACCUACGAUGAAGCGAUGAGUGGACCGGAUGCAGCACGCUGGAGAGCGAGCAUGAACGAUGAAGAGCAGUCGCUCUACGACCACGACGUGUUCGACUGGGUGCUUCCGCCCGAAGACGCCCAACUUCUUCCGACUAGGUUCCACUACAGGUGGAAGUACAACCAAGAACAUGUGCCAGUUCGCCCGAAGAGUCGCGUGGUGGUGCAAGGUUUUCACGAAGCUGACACGGGAGCGGAUAAGGCUGCACCGGUGGCGUCUAUGGAAUCUGUCCAUCUAGUGGUUUCCCACGCUGCUGAUUUGGGCCAAGCUCUCAGGCAGGCCGACAUGAAGACGGCUUUUCUCAACUCCAGGAUGUCCAAGAAAGACAAACCUAUCUACG